UGAUGAAAGGUGGAGCAAAAGAAACCACCGACAGAGACAGAUAUAAACUGAUGGCAUCAUUGGGAAACACAUGAGAAGCUGAAGAGCAUGGAGAGCUGCAGAGUGUGUGUGAUGGUGUGCGCCGUGCUGCUGUCCUGCGCCUCUGGCAACGAAAUUUACCAUCUGGAUGACGAGGAGGCGGUGGAUGUAGACCGGAGAGCCCUGAGGAACUUCUACCCUAAAGAGCCUAAUUUAACCAGCCAGAAAGAGCUUCUUGGGGCUCUGCAUGAUGUUUUGGAAAAGCUGCAGAGCAAACGGAUCUCACUUUGGGAAAAGAAGUUUAGCCGAGUUCCCACGUGUGGGGUUGGGCAGCAGUGUGCCGUGCGGAAAGGCUCACGUAUCGGCAGGAUGUGUGACUGUCCGAUCGGAGCGGCUUGCAACACCUACCUGCUCAAGUGCUUAUAAUCCUCACAUCAUAUCCAUGCAUUCGUUAAGUUAAUUAAUUUAAGUUUGGGUUUGUGCUGCUUUUGAUGUACAUAUGUACAUUUUGUCUUAAUCCUUGCUUUUCUAAGGCAGCCUGUCAUCAUUGUUUUGAAGAAACACCAUAUCAAUUAAUUUCUUUCAUAAUAUAAUGAUAUAAUAAAGUUAUUAAAGUGGGACUGAGUUGCAAAUACUUGUCCAAUAUUUUUCAUGCCAAUAUGAUGUUACCAUGCAUGAUGUUAAUUAAAUUAAUACACAUCACCUUAAUUAGAUAUAACUGGAUGUAUCUUUAGACUUCAGAGAGCAGCAGCUGAUUAUAAAAUCAUUAUAAAAAGGAGCCACACAGCAUGAAAAGGGACACGAGCAGUGAAUGAGAAACACUGUCAUAACACAUCUAGGACAUUUUGAUUGAUGUGUCCUGUCUAGAUCUGAUCUUAUGUAAGGCAGGAUAUGUCUUUGUAGAGACUUUUUUGUCCAGUCACCAUAAAUGAUUUGCUUGUGAAAGCUUUAACUGACUGUAAACUCAUGAGUUUGCAUCCCAGAGGAGAGGAGAGAAAGACACAGAACUUUCACUGACCGCCCCCGCACAAAUAAAAUGUCCCUCCGAGGCUCCCCAUUUAUGGAGGUCAGUACAAAACCAGCCUUCAUCACAUACAUCUAAAUUGAGUCAACUGUCCAUCAACUCAGGCCUCCGACUGUGCGCUUUCACUUCAUAUUAGUUUCACUUAUGUUUAUUAAUAUUUACCAAUGUGCCAGUGGAGUCCGGAGGGCAUGCGUGCACACACAAGAUACAAAUCAAGUUUCAUUUAAAUGCAUAAAAAACAUUUUAGACCUAAAGCUAUGUGUGUACUGGUGGUGGUUUUUAAUGAAGUGCUGAAGUUUCACAAUGUUUUGGCAUACCACUGUGUAGGGCAAAACAUGGCGUGACUAAGAACUCAAACGUUUUACUCUGAAUAUGUCAUAUUGACCAAUUAAAAUGAUGACUUGAAGAUGCAGAAUUGAUAUGAGAA